GUUUUAUCAGGCCAACUGUUAACGACGUUAGGCUCUCCAAGAACAUCAACAUACGUUCAAGUGGAUUUUUAUGGACUUCCAUUGGAGCAACUCAAAGGACGAUUCAAAACAAAAAUUGUUCAGAACAACGCAAUUAAUCCAGUUUACUCGACACUUAAAGAUGAACCGUUCGUCAUUGAGAAGAUUCGAUUCCCGGAACGUUCAGUUGUUUAUAUACGUUUAAUGAGUGAUCGUGGUGAACAGCUUGCACAUCGCGUUCUGCCUGUUCAUUUGAUCACAAACGGUUAUCGUCAUGUGAUUCUGCGCAAUGCAGCGAAUCGACCGGCUGGACCUGCGUCACUUUUUCUUCACAUUAAAGUGGAUUUUUACGUGCCUGCUGCUCAUAAGGCUUUACAAGAGGCAUUUGCUGAACCGUUGAAAGUGGCCAUUAAACAAGAAGAGAUGAAAUCGCAUUUUGCGGAUCCGUUGAAUUGUCGAAUGGAAGAAGAGGAAAUUGAGACGGACGAAGUGGAAUCAGACGAAGAAUUAGACUCGAACGCAACCGUAGUGGAUAGUGCUCGAAAACGGAUUGCCUUCAGUAAAAGAAUU